AUGAAUCGGCGCAUGUUGACGAGGGAGGAGGAGGAGGCUGCGGGAGAGGAGAUCGAGGUCCGCCGCGAGGACCAGGACAAGAUCAACAAAUUCAGCCGCCUGCACCAACACGAGCUGUCAAUAGAAGAGAAGUUGACCAUCAAGAACAAGGAGAAAGAGGAACUCGACGACGUCACCACUGAGCUCGAGCUUGCUGACGAGGACGAGACUGUCCCAUAUAAGGUUGGCGACGCCUUCUUCCACGUAUCACUACCUCAAGCCCAGGAGAUGUUAGGCGUCUCGUCCGCAAAAAUAGAAGACGAAAUCGCGGUGCUUGAGGACAAACUAGCCGGUAUCCGAGAUGAGAUGAGCGAGCUCAAGGUUGACCUAUAUGCGAGAUUUGGGAAAACAAUCAACCUUGAGACGUGA